AUGCCUUCGAUCAUCGUCGCGUUUUUCUCCGAAAAACCCUAUCUUUGCGGGAUCCUUGUUCCUCACGUUACGUCUCUUAUCAUGUCCACAGACUUUCCUCCUCCUAUGGAAGAAGAAAGCUCGAUUUCGCUUCGUCAGCUUAUGGCUAAUGAAAGACUCAUUCCAUCUCUUGAAGACGAGGAGAAACGAAGAGCUGUUAUUAAUAAGCUUCAAAGGAUAGUGGUGAAAUGGAUUAAGAAUGUUGCUUGGCAACGACGUCUUCCUCAGCAUCAGAUUGCAGCUACCAACGCCACCGUAAUAGCUUAUGGAUCUUAUGGUCUUGGGGUUCAUGGUUGUGACUCAGACAUUGACGCUUUGUGCAUUGGUCCUUUCUUUGCCUCUAUAGCUGAAGACUUUUUCACUGUCUUGCGUAACAUGCUAAAAAGCAGACGAGAAGUUACCGAGAUUCAUUGUGUUAAAGACGCGAAAGUUCCUCUCAUCCGCUUCAAGUUUGAUGGGUUCUUGGUUGAUCUUCCAUACGCUCAGCUUAAAGUACUAUCCAUUCCAAACGAUGUAGAUGUGCUUAAUCCUUUCUUUCUGAGGGAUAUUGAUGAGACAAGUUGGAAAAGCUUGUCUGGUGUUCGCGCAAACAAAUGCUUACUUCAACUUGUGCCAUCCGUACAGUUGAAUGGGUUCCUAGGGGGAGUCCAUAUGGCUGUUCUUGCUGCAUUUGUAUGUGGAUACGAGCCGAAUGCUACGUUGAGCUCCCUUGUUGCGAGUUUCUUCAACACAUUUGCUUUUUGGCAAUGGCCUACACCAGUGGUGCUCCUAGGGCACACUUAUGGAGCUACAGGGUCACCUCCAGGGUUAAUGCCCAUCCAAUUGCCAUGCGGUUCGAAUCACUACUGCAACUCCAACGUAACAAGGAGCACAUUUUACAAGAUAACCGCAGAGUUUCUCCGUGGGCUUAAUUUGACAAAUGUCUUUGGAUCUUGCCUUUCUACCCAAGGAAUGCCAUUUUGGUCGAUCCUACGCACUUACGAUUGUGAUUUCCAGGGUUACUUGAAGCCAAACUUCAAUUGGAAAUUCUUGUUUGAGCCUUAUCCAUAUGAAAGCACAUAUGCCUUGUUCGCCAAGAUACACCUCUCGGCUGCUAAUAAGGAAGAUCUUAGUGAUUGGGUUGGUUGGGUUAAGUCACGUUUCCGCUGUCUUCUCCUCAGGAUGGAGGAAGUCUUUGGCAUUUGCGAUCCAAACCCAACGGAGUACGUAGAAAGCUAUGGAAAGCAGCCAAACAUUGUGUUCUACUGGGGGUUACAGCUCACAACCAUCAACGUUUCGGAGAUUGAAUCUGUAGAGACAGACUUUCUGAAGAAUCUAAACAGCGGAAGCUUCCGGGGACCAGUUGGUUUAAUCCAAUUAUCGAUUGUGAAAGCUUCUCAGCUGCCUAAGAAUGGUGAGUGUGGUGAUGGCAACAACAGAAACAAGAAGAUGACAAGGGCUUGUUGGAGAAUCAGGGAAGAUGGCCAAUGCAAGAACACACCGGUUUACUCAAGGCAUUUGCCAAGAUAUGUGGUUGGGUAUGAGAAAGUGAAUAACAAUAGAGAGGCUAAGAGUAUAGAUGUUGAAUCUUAG